GCAUAAGGAGGUGGUUUUUUGUGAAGUUCUGGGGAAUCGCAUGUUUUACGAAUCAUAUCGCAAAUUGAAUCAAACGAUUGCUGAAAGCGUCUUCUUUCUACUAGUGCUAAAAUUACAAUAAUCGUGUGCGAACCAGAUUGUCCACGCAGCUACGAAAACUGACCCGCUUAGCUUGCAGUGAGACUGUCGCGAAUCGCCAUUUUGAAGUGAGGUAUUCGUCGUUGUUGAGGCGCAUAUUUUAACGAGAAAAAUUUUCCAAAACUCAACGUUUAUCAGUGAGCGCUGAGUUACUAGUUACGAUACCUAUAAUUUGAAGCUAAUAUACCAACCUACAGUGCUUCGUCUGGACUGUAGGAAUUGGGUCGUAGUGCAUGAUGGCUCAGCAGACCAAACCGGUUAAUUUUUUGUUACAGGAUCCAAAGCAAGGUCAAACGCAAAUUUUUCAUGUAUUAAACACAACAACAGGUGCGCGUACACCAUUACCCGCCGGAAUGACCACUAUGAAAACCAUCGUUACAAAGGAUAUAAACAUCACCGGUAUGGCAAACAAUGGGCAGGAUGUAGUGGGCAUCACUUCGGAAAAUGUCGGAAUUGUAGGAACAGUCAGCACUGCCAAUACCCCGACAGUUGUUGGUGCCCAGAGUUUUACAAUGCCUGUGGUGCGUAAACUUUCUCCCGGACAAAAAAUAAUUCCGAUUGCCAAGCACAAACUGUUUCUUCCCACUUCGGCAUCUAACAAGAACGUGAAUGGAAAAGUUGUUAUUUCACCAAAAUUGUAUAAGGUUAUCUCGACGACUUCACCGCAUUCCGUCAGUAGAAAUUUAACAUUUUCUUCUCCAGCUAGCAAUUCUGGUGUAACGGCAGUUUCAGCGAAUAAUGUAACUUUUGCUAAAACGUUAGGUGUUGCCACCACUAAUGCAAUUCCAUCUACUUCGGUAAUGACAAAACCAUCACUUAACAAUGGUCGGUAUAACAGCAAAACUCCAUCAGUUAUGAACAAUUCGUCAAAUACAAUCAGUGAAAUAGUUUCGGUUGAGAAUAAAGGCAUCAGCAACGGAACUGUUACCAAAAGUUACAAUGCAAGCGGCAGUGAUGGCACAUCCUUUCCCCAGCAAGUUUCUUGUACGUCUGCUGUGCCUGUGGUGGUAAAAACGUUACAAUCGAAUCAUAACAAUAAAGAGCAUUCACAGCAGCAAUUGCAUUCAUACAGCAAAAAAACUUCCUCGACCCAGAUACAUACGCCUGCGUCUCGUCGUCAGAAAACAGACAAAGCAGGCCGUGGUCUACGACAUUUUUCAAUGAAGGUAUGUGAGAAGGUGAAAGCCAAAGGCACUACGACUUACAAUGAGGUAGCCAAUGAAUUAGUCGCAGAGGAAACCCAGAACCAUCACCCAGGUGUGGAUCCAGCAACAUAUGAUCAGAAAAAUAUUAGACGGCGCGUAUACGAUGCUCUGAAUGUAUUAAUGGCGAUGAAAAUCAUAUCUAAGGAAAAGAAGGAAAUCCGUUGGCAUGGUUUACCAACGAGCAACACACUGCAUGAAUGUGAAGAGUUAGAAAAGGAAAAUGAAAAAGCCCGUCGCAGGAUUGAACUAAAACAGCAACAACUUCUUGAUCUGGUGCAGCAACAUGUUGCGCUGAAGUCAUUAAUCGCACGGAAUAAAUCAAACGAGGAACGUGGUUUGGUGCCCAAUCCCAGUUCUGCAGUGCAGUUGCCAUUUAUUAUUGUAAAUACCGACCGAAAAAACAAUAUUAAUUGCAACAUUUCGAAUGACAAAUCGGAAUAUUCUUUCAAAUUCGAAGACUCCUUCGAGAUUCACGAUGAUGUGCAAAUAUUAAAACGUAUUGGAUUAUCAUUAGGUUUGGAAAAGGGACAGUACUCAGAAGCAGAUCUCAAAAAGAUAAAAUCGAUGGUUCCAAAAUCGGUAGAGAAAUAUAUAGACGCGUAUGGUCUCGGGUUCGAGCACGACGAAAUGGAUGACUGGGAAAUGAGCUCAUUAUACAACGGUCCAGACAAUGACGACAGUUUAUCUACUCAGGACAUGCUCGGCUUCAAUGAUACAACGAACGACAUGCUCGAUGAUGAUAUGAAAUUCGAAGAUGACGAGGAUGACUAACUUGGUUCUUCGAAAAAAUGAUAACAAUUUUCAAUUUUUCAUUAAUGUUAAAACACGAAAAUGUGACAUGAAUAAGCUAGAAAUUGGCCAUCUUGGCUAUUUUUAUUUGUAAGUAUCGUUUGGUUUCUCCAAAACCGGUUAAAUUCAAAUUUGUAUUUUCUAUUGUUAGAGAAAGUAUAGAGUUAAGACAUGAUUAUACGAUAUCUCGAUCAGGAUCGCAUGGUAUCAUAAACCUAAAUUUACUUAUUUUAUUUUUUUCAAAAUGUAUACAAAUCUGCAUUGUUGUAUACAAAAAAGUAAGAACACAUACAACGCUGUAUUGAUAGUAAUAUCGUCAGUUGAUACACAAAAACGGUUUUUUUACAACUGUUUGUUUUUGAUUUUAAAAGAUAAGGUCUAAAACUUGAUGAUUGAGAACAUAUAGAUGGAAAUGAAUUGAUCGCAGGGUAUUGGUUGGGGUUUGUAUUCUUUUCUGUGCCUCUAUUACGCCAUUUGUGAAAGCACUGGAAAUUAUUAACAACUUGUGGAUAGUAUAUUGCUGCAUGGGUGGCAAGUGCGCAUGAUUUAGAUAGCCAUUUUAUGAAUGCACCAAAAAGUACAUGAAACAAAUGAAAACCGUUUGUCACAACAAACUACCCAACGAUGAUUCUACGGCAGAGGAAAACAACUUUUUACUUUAUCUGCAACAAUUCAUCUAUUAGCAUCCUUUUAUUUUUCCAAAUGAUAGUAUAAUAGUUCUGUCUCGUAACAAUGACUAGAUGAUUCUUGUAUUACUUAUUUCAAUUUUGUAUUUUCCAUGUUUCUAUUUCGAUUAACUUGAAAUAUUCUAUAUUUAUGUUGUAUCUUAUCAAGGGAGGAUUACCAUUUCUUAUGUAGGACAUAACGUUAUCCUUUAUGUGAAUUAAUAUACGAUAUUGAUUUUAUCUGUUUAAUGCAUAUUUGUUAUUAUUUUACGUUAACAGAGGUUUUAUAAUAUAAAUGGUAAUAGACAUGAUGAAUUUAAGAAAUGUUGAUGUACUCUCGAAGUGCAACGUUCAAUGUCAAUACAGUCUAUGGCCAUCUUCAAAAUACAAUUAUUCUGAGCACAGCAUUGUGGUAUGCAAAAUUCAUACAUAUUCAUUCUAAAUUGCAAAACGAAUCGUACAGCAUCAUCCCACAGCAUUUCAAUUACCAGUACAUAGUAGUUUAUUGUAGAGUCGUAAUAGUAUUUCUUUUUAUUUUGGGUGAUUAUGACUAGAGUAUAAAAAUUACCACCUUCCAUCAGGCAAAACAAUUACACUUCCUUUUGUUUUAUGCCAAGCCCUUCAGUUAGCAGUGCUUCGUUUCGCAUGCUAGUGAAAGUUUUGUCACUGACUGGAUGAUAGACUAAUACACAUGCAUUUUGAACAAGGGAAACGACUUAACAAAAUCAUUAAAAUAUAUAAGUUUUGUAUUACAUUAAAAAACCGACUAGCAUAUUGCGUUAUGCAAAGGCGGAAGUAUCACAUAUGAAACCGAUAAACGAAACAUUGAAAAAUUGUAUAAGACGAAGCGGCAAAGAAUAUGUACAAGUACAUAAAAUAAGAGUAGUAAUUAUUAGAAUUUAAUUGUUCACUUAUGCUAACUGUUGUAAAAUAUAUGAUUUCAUAAGCUGUACAAAAUGACUAUGUGCGAUAAAAAAUGAUUCAUUGAUUUUGUAUUUCAAUGUUGCUAAAAUUAUCAGGCAUUGAUAUAUAACAUGAUAUACACAUGCAUAGAAUAAUUCGUUUAAGAACGUCGUAACAUAAGAUAAGUCAAGGAAUAAAUAAAUCAUGUCUAACACAUUCUAAACCAGUUUGAAGUCCGCUUUUGAUUGUCCUAUGAUCUAAAAGGAACUGAUACAUAUAAUGAAGAGGAAAGCUUUGCCAAACAAUGUUUGGAAACCUGUUGCGAUAUAAAAA